GUGAAGGUUUUGGAGUUGCAGAUCCCAGGUUCGAUCCAAGCGAGGCGCGUUGGUGUUCCCGAAGGUAUGAGGCUGCUUAGAGCGAAGCCCCGUUUGCAUCAAAUUGAUUGCAGGUGGCUGCCAGAUUUAGUAGGUCCCGCUAUCACAAAGUGGCACGUGAGGCUAAGGUUCAUGGGCAAAAAUAUCUGUAACUGUGGAUAUCCGCCCGAAUCCGACCUAAUCGGGCAGGAUAAAACCCGAACCCGAAAGACAUUUACUGGGUACGGAUAAAACCCGAAUCCGAAUAUUGCGGGUAAUGGGUGGACAUGAGUUUCUCAUUAUCCAACCCGAACCCACCCGAUUAUACACAUGCAUAUGUAUUUUGUCUAGAAAUAAUCAUUAUUUUUCUCUAAUAUAUUUUAUAUUUAGCAUAAAAGUAUAAUAUUUUCAUGAAGUUGUGUUAUUUUAAUUAUUUUCUUCAUUCUAGUGAAUUAUUGUCGUACUUUUCCUCUUACGUAAUGUGAGAAUGUGUAUGAAUUUUAACAUAUUGGUUGGAGUUAGGAAGAGAAAUUACUAUCCACGGAUAACCGUGGAUACCCAAAACCCGAACGGGUAUGGACAUGGUUUUGAUUUUCUACCCGUUUCACAUGUGGGUAUGGGUAAAACCCGAACGACUUUGGGUAGGGUAACAGAUAUGCACUAUCCGUCUCUGACCCGACCCAUUGCCAUCCCUACUCAUCUUUAGGGGUAAAUGCCACAUUUGGUCACCGAGAUUACUAAAUCGUGUCAUGUUUAUUCACUAGAAAAAUUUAAUAUCAAUUUUGGUCACUCAGAUUAGUGGAACAGGUCACAUUUAGUCACUCUCCCGUUAGUUUCCGUCCAAGUCCAUUAACGGGAGAGUGACUAAAUAUGACAUGUUUCAGUAAUUCGAGUGACUAGAGUUAGACGGAGGCUAGCGAGAGAGUGACUAAAAUGUGGCAUGUUUCAGUAAUUCGAGUGACCAAAAUUGAUAUUAAAUUUUUGGGUUAAUAUUUUCGUAUGACCUGAACUUUGACCAAAAUAAACAUCCUAGCCAAUCUUUUCGAUCUAUAACAUCCUGGCCCGAACUAUACAUCAAAAUAAACAAUUUGGUCAUAUUCGACUUUUGACCGUUAACUUGGACGGUCAAACGCGUUGACCGUUAGUCAACGCGCCAUGUCACUACCAAGUCAGCAUAAAAUAUUUAAAAUAAUUCACAAUUCCACACAUUCGCUAAUUGUAAAUUAUUAUAAAUUAAAAAAAAAUCAUCUAAUACCUUAAUUAAACCAAAAAAUAAAAAAAUAAAAAAAAUUAAAUGUUUAUCGGAUCUUCUGACUUGGUAUGAUAUGCUUAUGAGAGACAUAUCAACAAUGCAAUUAACGAUGCAAUUAAUUUAAGGUGGAAAACUCUAGAAAGCCACGCCGCUUAUGCGAGAGGAAGGUUAUGCAUAAACGGCAGAACCCCAUAAGCAACAAACAAUGACAACCCGCCUGUAGUAGCACGCCACGUCACGAAAAGCCCGUCAUCGAAUUUCUACAGCACGGACGACGCCACGCUGGCGCCAAUCAUCGACGUCCGAUCUCAACAGCAACCAGUCAAUGAUGGAAUCGAACGAUUCAUAGUGCGCCACGUAAGCAAACCAGACGCGGAGCUAAGCGAAGUUUCGGCCGACUCUCUCUUCUUUGCUAUCCCUUCAGCUAUAAGACACUUCCCCGUCCUCUUCCCUUCCAUUCUCUCCCUCGCUGAUUCAAAGCUCGACAGAAGGGAAUUAGGUAACUCACGGAGAGAAAAAUGGAGGGUUACACUCGACAGAUCUGGUUGGCAGUGGCGACGUUGACCUUGCUGGCUGUAUCAGCUGUGGCGGACGACGUCCUCGUGUUAAGCGAAGACAACUUCGAGAAGGAAGUCGGCCAGGACAAAGGCGCUCUGGUCGAGUUCUACGCUCCCUGGUGUGGCCACUGUAAAAAACUUGCUCCCGAGUAUGAGAAGCUUGGAGCGAGCUUUAAGAAGGCGAAGUCUGUUUUGAUCGCCAAGGUGGACUGUGAUGAACACAAGAGUCUCUGUUCCAAGUAUGGGGUUUCUGGAUACCCAACUCUCCAAUGGUUCCCCAAAGGGUCUCUGGAACCCAAAAAGUAUGAAGGACCGCGUACUGCUGAAGCCCUUGCUGAGUAUGUGAAUUCUGAAGGAGGAACCAAUGUGAAGCUAGCUAUUCCCCCAUCUAAUGUGGCGGUAUUAUCAACAGAGAACUUUGAUGAGAUUGUCUUGGAUGAAUCUAAAGAUGUCUUGGUUGAGUUUUAUGCUCCUUGGUGUGGUCACUGCAAGAAUCUUGCUCCUACCUAUGAAAAAGUAGCAACUGCUUUCAAAUCGGAGGGUGACGUUGUGAUUGCCAAUCUUGAUGCUGACAAGUACAAGGAUUAUGCUGAGAAGUAUGGAGUAAGUGGGUACCCUACAUUGAAAUUCUUCCCGAAGGGAAAUAAGGCCGGAGAAGAUUAUGAUGGCGGAAGAGACUUGGAGGACUUUGUUACUUUCAUCAAUGAAAAGUGUGGUACCAGUCGUGAUGCAAAUGGGCAACUUACCUCCAAAGCUGGUAUAGUUGAAAGUCUGGAUGCCUUGGUGAAAGAAUUUAUUGCUGCUGGUGGUGACGAGAAGAAAGCAAUCUAUUCCCGACUUGAAGAAGAAGUUGCCAAACUAAACGGUUCGCCUGCAAGAUAUGGGAAAAUUUACCUGAAAGCUGCUAAGAACAGUAUGGAGAAAGGUGCUGAAUAUCCAAAGAAAGAAAUUGAGAGGCUGCAGCGGAUGCUUGAAAAGUCAAUUAGCCCAACUAAAGCUGAUGAGUUCACCCUCAAGAAGAACAUCCUCGUAGCAUUUGCUUGAUCUAGUGGGUUCCCUUUGUAUUUCACACCUCAGAAGAUUUGCAAAUUCGUAGCUCGACUGAUUCCGGGUUUACCCUGCAGUCUUUAAGACACUUGAUACGAUAAUAGAUGAGGUCGUGGUGAAAGCAAAGUACUGUAGGUCUCGACUUAAUCUAGCAUGUGAACUUAGAGAGCCCUUGUUUUUUCUUUGGAGUGUUCAGAUACAUUGA